AUGUUCUCCCGAUGGUCUAAAUCUUUGAAGCCCUCGAAAUAUUCGAGGGAGAGUCGACGUUGCCAGGAGAAGCUCAGCGAUGAGCUCACUCCAGAUCAGUACCGCGCGCGGGAUACUCUCAGAGUGGCCAGGUUCCAGGUCACAGGCAAGAAAUAUGCUGAUGCCACUACUGCUUCCAUAGAUCGUGUCGAGCGUUUCUGGUAUCGUCACUAUACAUUCAUGGGCGUUGAGACCUAUGGCCACCUCGCUGAAAAUGUCGCCGAGCACUUCCGGGUCUAUGCUGACUGGCGAUUGAAGAACUUCAAUAUCACAAAACAAAGCACUAUCUGGGUUGAAUGGAAAUUCCUUCGACUGCUCGUCAAGAGGGAGACAGGACGGAAGGUGGAUGAAUUGAUUGGCGAGCAGUUCAUCUUAGGACCUCUGACUGAUGAGUAUGAUUUGGACCUAUCAACCAGCUAUAAACCGGUAGUGAGCGUGGAGGACCUAAUUGCCAUCCUUCACUACCACUGGUGUGUUGAUACUGCCUCUGUCACGCAUGAGCGAUACACCCUACAGAAUGCGCUACUGAUGUUAUUCAUUGCCUACACCUCGGCACGGCCUGGAGCACUGAUCGAGAGUGGUUGUCUCCGUGGGUCCAAUGAGGCGCUCUGCUACAAGGACAUCGCGCUGCGUGUGGUUCCAAACCCAGAUCAACCAGAACGCCAUUUGCUCGUGAUGGAAGUUUCCCUACUAUUUAUGAAAGGGAAGCGAGGCAAAUCACAACCGACAACAUAUAUUUUCCAUGAGCGAGACGAUAACCUCGCACUUUGCCCUGUCUCUCACUUCAUUGCCCUGGCACUAGCCGACGAUGCAUUUGAAGCGAGAGGCAUUGUCUCAGUCGAAGAUAUACUCCGUGUUCGAGUGCCAGCACACCGGAAUAGUCUACACCUGAAGUGGAAGGCUGACAUGCUUGAUGUUCCGGUAUUUCGCCGAGCCAUGCACACAGCGGAGGGGGUUCGAAUCUCCCCAGAUAAAGCCCUACCGUACGACAUAUUAAACCAGUAUCUUCAACGGCUAGGACGCAAUGCGGGGUUUGAGAAUAAGCUGACGCCAUAUUGCAUCAGGCGAGGAACUGCGAAUGCAGUUGAUACUGUUGCAACUCCGAGUGAACGUAACCAAAUCAUGGGCCACUCCCGAGCAGAUAUCUUCGAACGCUACUAUAUCUCAAUGAAAGUCAAGCGGGAUGUGCAGUCCGCCUAUCUUGGCUGCCCUCCCAAAGAGUCCAUCAUCCGCACAGUUGGACGCUUCAGCCUAACCCGUGAUCCCCGUGCUCCAAAGGAGCUAGGGAAAGCUGAUGGAGAGAAAAUAUGGAUCAGUUUCAAAAGCCAGGAGCACAACGAGCUCCAGGUCGAGGACCCAAAGAAUGUGCAAUUUGUUUUCAAAGAACGAAAACGGCUCUCACAGAACCUAUUUCGAUCCUCGGAUUGUAGGGUAGAAGACCAUACGGAGAUCUAUGCCCGCCGAGUGCAGACCAUUCAAGACUGGGUUUCACUCUGCAGCUUACGCGAAGGACCACGCAAGCGAAGAGCUGCAUCUGCAGACUCUGGAAUCGAUCUUGCAUUCGAUGAGAUCAUCGACGCGGAUACCUUUCCCGCCCUGUGCCCUGGUACUCAAUGUCUCUUCUGCCUUGGAGAUGACCAGCUUCCGCUUUCUGGGCGCAUCUAUUCCUUUUCACGUCCCGAUCAUCUCCGAAGACACGUUCAAGAUUGCCACUUCCGUUAUCUGGACGCCACCGCUCCUCUGUGGUGCCCUCACCCAUCGUGCUUAGAGCUUCUAGAUGGUGUGCAGGACUUUCAGGGACACGCUCUUCAAGUUCACAACGUGUACAUUUGA